AUGGUAACCCCAGUUGCUCCAGUCACUGCGCCUCCAGAGCUCCCGGGCUAUGUGUCCACGCCGGGCCUUGACGAGUUUUUCCAAGAGCUUGUUGGGGAAGAGAAAAGUAGCCGCUAUGAUCGUCGGGUUCCUGAUCGACUUAAUCGCCUCGAUAGCCGGGUUUCGAUCGAAACGGCACAGGAGGACGAGUACCUUGAUCCGACUGGCAUGCUGAACAAUAGCGUGGCUGAAACGCUGUCAAGGAGACAGGCCAACGCGAAUUGCCUUCUUUCCUCUGGCUGCUUCUCCAAGAGGGACCGCCAGAGAUGCAUUACGUUGCUAGAUUUGGGUAAUUCGGAAGACGCGAUGGAGGUGAAAAUAUCAGUGGAAGUCGGGGCCUCAGAGUCGUUGGCUUCCAUCGAUUCGUUGCCCAGGUGCGAGUCGAGCAGCACUUUUGCAAGUCAAUUUCUCCGCUCGCCGUCGAGGCGGACGAAUGUCCGACAGCUCUUCAAUCCGACUACGACAGGUAGUAUGGUGCAGGGGCAGCACAUGGAGCUCAUCAAGAUCGUGAACGAGAUUUUCGCGACGCCCCCGACGGUGGGAUUGAGAAGAGGCGAUGAUCAUCGCAGCGAUCCAUCCCAGAACAUGUUGCUGGCUAGCACCGCAACGGUUGAGUGCUGCUGGCGCUGGAGCAAGCUGCGGAUGGCCGCCAGGAGACUGCAAGGUAAUACUCUGGUGACGUGGUUGUACCUGUCGCUGACGAUAUAUGCCUUGCUCGGCCCUGACUUCGUAGACUACCUGGGACAUAAGUCUUUAACGACUCCUUUGUCCAUCAUCAACUCCAUCGUGUUCCUGUGGCGGAUUUGCCGUUGA